CUUAACAAUGUAAACAAGAAUCGCCCCAAAAAUAUGACAAAUUUUAAAUCAAUUCGUAUAUAUAUCAUAACUGACAAACUUGAUGUCUCAACUUAGGGAUAAAUUCUCCGGCUGUAGCACUAGAGAAUUGAUCCCUACGUGUUGGGUACUACACGAACAAACAGCGAUGAAAGAAAUGGUUGACACCGAAAAGCUGAACACGUCACAAACGAACAACAUUGCUGCAAAAGAUGGUUCUCACCCCCAAAGGUCCCACAAAAACCGGUUCGUCUUCCAGGGAGUCUUCCGUCUUCAAUAUAUAGUUGUCAUGGAUUGUGACGGGAAAGGCGGAGCUGUUUCACCCACUAGGACAGUUGGAUGGUCUCUUCUUCCCUUCAACCUGACGCGGCGGAUCACCAAUGUCUUGCUGAUGGUUCUGCUUAUUUCAAAAAGCGCCGGAGCCAAACGGCCGGUUGCUUUCGAGUUCGGACAAACUCUUCCACAAGCCCUCAUUGCCCUCGAGGAGAAGGAGGUAGUGUCAUCAUGUUACUGUCGAAUAAAAUGCAUGAUGAAUAUGUCCUGUACAGCUGUCAGCGUUCUCGUCAACAAAGAUUCUGGCGUUACCAACUGCCUCUUCAGCAACACGACUAUUCCCCUGGGGAAGCUUUCAGAAGCGGACUCUGCCUACACUUGGGUUCACAAUGCCACAAAUGCCACUAACACGGAGGCAAACAGUUCCACUACAAGUGAGAUACUUUAUGACGAAGAGCUGAAUUGUAGUUGUGUUUUAGUGUCGCCACAACUGAGAGUGGAGCAUGACGCUCCGAAACUGAACCCUGAAAGGAGCAAACCCAUCCUGAAUGAUAUAUUGUGUUUUGAUUAUUAUGAAAAUGAAGCCUCAACCCCUGACCUCAGGCACAGACUUGAUUCUCCAUUUGGAAUCUUUAGUCCAGGCCAACUAACAGUAGAGUUGCUGGUGUUAAAUCUGUAUUGUUUAGAAUUUGAAAGAGCCUGCACUGAUUCUUGGAAUCAUAACAAGACACUUAGGUGCACCUUUGAGGUGGAAUCGCUUCGUGUGUAUAUGGAAAACAAUGCUGAACAUGACCCAGGAGACCCUUUUCCCUACUGCCAUCAGGAAAACAGCAGGCACGCCCCUGGGAUAACCCUCCAGUCGUUCACUACUACAGACAGCACACCUUACGUCAGAACUCCAGAGACCUGGAACCAGCGAUUCAUAGCCUUUGUCUGUCAGCUAGGCUCUCUCAGAUGGGUCAUUCCACUCCUAGACUAUAGGAGGAAAACCCCCUCCCCCUUGCAGAUGUGA